AUUGUAACGGAACCGGUUUGAAGGUAUGUCAACGCGAGCUGUCAAAUGGAACCGUUUGCCGUGCGGUUGUUUGAAGUGUUCAUUUCGAAAGAUCGUAGUAGGCAUGGAAAUUGUAUGCCGUACACGGUGAGCCCCGCCGAAUCGAAACUAUAUUACGUAAUGGAGCCUUUCGAGAAGCUGAACACACGGACCUCAACGCCGAUAAAAAACAUAGAAAAUCCGGUCCAAAUGGAACGUACGGCCGUCCUGGAGGACAUUUCAAUGGGGGAGGAUACACCCGACGAGCUGCAGGCAACGGUCGUCGUGCCCGUGGUGCCCGUGGUGCCCGAGGAAGCGGACGAAAACAUGGAGGCUACUGAGGACAACUCCACGCUGAAAAUGGACGACGCUCCGGCAGACGAUACGGCGGAGUACGAUUCACUUGAUGACGAGCUGUGUUGGAUGCUGAAUCAAUCAUGGAAUUCCAGGCGCCCUGCUCGUUCGGAUAGCACUCUGGGCAUGCUAUCGAGAUCGUGUUGA